AUGGCUGGGUCCAAGCAAUUAACUUCAUGUAUUGAAAUCGAUGCAAAGGUCUGCUUUAUUUGCUCACAACAGGAAACUGCAUAUAGCUUACUCGACAAUUUGGAAUAUGGCGAACUCAAUAUUCAGCUCUGCGAGUUGCUGGAAAUUGUGACGAAAGUGAAGUGCAUCUGGGACGAACCAAAUAUACCCUCUCUGAUGUGCCAGUCCUGUCUUAAUCGGUUAAUCGAUGCCUAUGAAUUUAUACGUCAAGUCGAAAAGUCAAAAGAAUCGAUGGAAACUGUGCGUCUCCAGAUGAAGGUGGUUGUGCUGGAGGAGCAGCUAGAUAACGAAGAUACCGAGAUCGACGUGCUGGAAUUGAGCGAGGAAGUUAUCGAGCUAUCCACGUUCGACAUGGAGCUUCCAGACAAUGAAUGCAAUGAUUCCAAUUUGUCUCAAUCGAAGGAAUUGGAAGUAGAGCAUGACAAGGCUAUAGUAGUAGAAGAGCCUGUGGUCAAGGACAACUAUGAUGAAAACAAUAAAGCUCAUUCGUCGCAGCUGGGCUCGCGUUUGGAUCGCUCACAAAACUAUUCAUAUAAAUGCCUCAUUUGCCCCCGCAGUUUUGUCAAAAAACAAUCACUGGAAAGGCAUGCGAAAAAGGCACACUCUGAAGCUGCCGAUGUGCCAAAAGUCAACAAAUUAAGCGAACAGAAUGUGCUAACCUGCCUUCCCUGUCGGCGCACUUUCAAACGCAUGGAUACUAUGCAACGUCACAUGCAGGCAUUUCAUCCAGACACUCAAACUGCCCUUGGGGAGGAGAAGGAUGCAGAUCCAAAGCCCACUAAGCGAAAGCGAAUUGCGAAGCGCGAAAAGUGCCCCUACUGUGGCAAUUCAUUUGCCACCAGUAGCCUAAAAGUUCAUAUACGCCGCCACACCGGAGAAAAUCCCUACCAAUGCGAUCAUUGCUCGAAAGCAUUUCCACGUCGACAGGAUAUGGUGCUGCACGAGCGCAUUCACACUGGUGAGCGGCCUAGUACGUGCGGCAUCUGUGGAAAGACUUUCAUUUCAGAAAAUAAGCUAGCUCGUCAUAUUCGUUUGCAUACGGGACAGCGUCCUUAUAGAUGCAACAAAUGUGACAAAAGCUUUGUCCAGUCCAACGAUCUUAAGAUUCACAUGCGUCGUCACACGGGCGAGCGACCGUAUAAAUGUGGUGUAUGUGGGGAAGCAUUUGUUUGUGGCGCUCUCCUCACCAUUCAUCGGAACAAUAGGGGACACUAUGAAGAAAGUCGCAAAACUGAUGGGGCAUCAAUUGAUCCUUACGAGAAUAGUCGCGUACACAAGCGUCGAGCGGAGGACAUCGAGAGGAUGCGACUACUGCGGGAGCAAGAUGAGCAGGAGUCGCAACAGCAGCGGGGGAAAAAAUAAGGCUCUACUGGCACCCUACAAAUGUGCUUCGAAAGAUUUAGCAAUGGUGGAUGCCACACAGUACAUAGAAAUAAUAUGGGACACUAUGAACGGGGUAAGAUAGAUCCGUACGUGAAGCAGCGAAAUGGAACUACUUCUGAUAUUU